UGGAGGGCGGAGCAAGACGGCGCACAAAAAGCGGUGAACUUGAGCUCCGCGGCAUCCUUGGAGGAACAACUGAACGAUGGCGUCGAAGUUUUACAGCCUGGCGGCCAAACUGCUGACGGGAGAGACGCUGAAUUUCUCGUCGCUUCAGGGGAAAGUCGUCCUCAUUGAGAAUGUCGCGUCUCUCUGAGGCACGACCGUCAGGGAUUACACCCAGAUGAACGAGCUCCACGAGCGGUACGCCGGCCAGGGGCUCGUCGUCCUGGGAGUACCCUGCAACCAGUUCGGCCACCAGGAGAACUGCAAGAACGAGGAGAUCCUCCUGUCCCUGAAGCACGUCCGUCCCGGAAACGGCUUCGAGCCCAAGUUUCAGCUCCUGGAGAAGGUGGACGUCAACGGGAAGGACGCCCAUCCCCUGUUUGUGUUCCUUAAAGAGAAGCUGCCCUUCCCCAGCGACGACCCCUCGUCCCUGAUGAACGACCCCAAGCUGAUCAUGUGGAGCCCGGUGAGCAGGAACGACGUGUCCUGGAACUUUGAGAAGUUCCUGGUUGGGCCGGACGGGGUGCCUUUCAAGCGUUACAGCAGGAGGUUCCUCACCAGCGACAUCGAGGGAGACAUCAAGAAGCUCCUCAGCCAGGCUAACUAACCCAACCCCGUCCAAACCUAGGCCCGCUUGUAAUCCGUCCUGGGUUUCUCUACAGGCUCGGUGGCUUUGACCUCCUCCUCUGUGCUCUCGUGUGUCUGAUGUGGCAGCGCUUUGCCGUUUCUACUACAUGAAGACAUCCUCUGAAACCAGGUGUAAGGGGGGUGUCGGAUGAAAUGUAAAAAGGUGCAACGUUUACGGCUGCAUCAGUUGCAUGUAAAGCACAGCCGCGGUGUGAUAAGAUGACGUCGACCAAUAAAUGAAGUCUUUUCCAAAA